GUAACUGUGACGUCACGGGAGUUUCGAAGAGAAGCGGUGACACCGUGGGCUCCCGGUUCAUCACACUUUGUGUGUUUUUCUGAACUUGUCGACAGCGGAGGAACCUCUUUUUUUUUUCUUUUUCUUUCAAAACGGCUGUUUUAUCUGGUUUUAUUACCGCUGUCAGCUCAACCUGACGACCACUGAUGAUAUUCGUCUCGGAACACUGAUUUCAGCCUCAUUCAUUCACCAAGCCGAUCAUAUGUUCAUAGAAGAAUACAUUGAAGAAGAUGAGGAACCACCUUUGCUGCUCAGCUCUAGUCCUUCUUAUGGUGUUCAGCUGUGGACGAGUUUCAGCAUUGUGGUGUCAGUCAGGGGAAGAAUGCAUGUGCCUGCAAUGUCCUGCUGGCCAGGAGCCCUCCAAGGAUUGCAGACAGAUCCAAAGUCCAGCAGAAGAAGUGCAAUGCCAGUUGUGUCCAAAGGGAACAUUUUCAGAUGUAUUUGACACUGAACUUUGCCGCCCACAUGUCUCCUGUAAAACCCUCGGUCGGAAUAUCGCAACUCCUGGAACUGCAACCUCCGAUGCCGUUUGUGGAGACUGUCUACCUGGUUUUCAUUCAGCUACCUCAGAGGAUACGUCCAUCCAAGGUUCCUGUGUGAAAACUUUGCAUGUCCGUACAAUCCGUGCUGUGGUUAAAGGUUCCGGCGGUGCAGGAGGCCCGGUUAAUGCCACGGUGGUACGCAGUGCUGAGGACAAGAUGGCAGAGUAUGCUGUCUUCGCUGUGGUGCCCAUCUUCUGUGUUAUGGGCCUGCUGGGCAUCCUCAUCUGCAACAUCCUGAAGAAGAAGGGAUACCGCUGCACCCCUGAGAAGGAGGGAGGAGAUGAAGAGACUGCCACGCCACAGAAAGAUGGUGAUGGUUUUCCCUGCAUGUCUGAUGACCGUAAUGAAGACACCAUUGAUCUUCUGGUCCACCUCAUCUCUGAGAAGAAAGAAAAUGCUGCUGCGCUUGAAGAACUGCUGCUAGAGUAUGAAAGUAAACAGACUGCAAGCAAAGGCUCAUCGAUCAAGUUUCCGGUGCUGUCGUCCUUCUGUUCACUUCCCAGGCUCUGCCCCCAUCAUUCCCACCUUCACACCAUCUCUGGCCUCUCCGGUCUGGAACACAAACACGGCUAUCGGUGCACUCGCUGUUCCCAGAGGAAAUGGCCCCCUGUCCUCAUUCCUCCCUUGGAUGCUUUCAGAGACCCUCUGAAGCCCCCGCAGACCCUAAUCCUGCCUUCUUUGGAUUCAAGCAUCGACCCGCAGAAGAGCCCCCUGCUGGAGGGAGUGUGCAUAGACACACAUGAGACUGUGCCAAAUGGUGUGCGAGAAAGUGUGGAAGGAAGCGAGGCGGUGCAGAAGCAGGAAGGAGAGCUGACAGUGUUGUCUGUGGGGAGAUUUCAAGUUGCUCAGAUUCCUGAGCAGAAACCCGUCGCUGUAGAAAUAAAGACGUCAUCCCAGGAACCACAACACUCCACAUUUGGAGGGAAGCACUUCUCCACGUCAUCAAGCAUCAGGAGGUGAGGUGUCAGAGUCUGUGCAUGACGAUGCUACCUCGCUGAAGUACCCCUUCAAUUGUAUCCCUCAUCGUGACAGCUGACGCUCUGACAGCGAGUGUCUUUGCAGACUGUUGAGAAACCACAAAUGUCACCUCAGUCCUAAAAAAAAAGUUCUGUUUCCGGUUAAGGAAAAAGAGAAUUUUUAAUUUAUAAACUAAUGCAUAAAUUAUGUCAGAUAUAAGCACUGCAGUUGGUGCACUUCUUACAUCACUGUCCUGUUUAGAACUGUCAAAAAGGGACGGGUGGGGGGGAGUUAAAAAUCCUGUUAGAUCGCACUGGGUUAUGGUGGACACAUUUUUGCUGACAUGUGUUACCAGCAUAGCUUUGAGGCAAAACUACAAAUGUACUGUCAGUAUCAGUUUGUGCUCCCUUGUUAAAAAAAAAAAAGUGUCAAAAGCAGCGGUAGGUGUGGAGUAGAUGCAGUACUGUGGAAUCCAUUAC